AUGAACUGCUGUCAGGUCAAGACCAUGGUGAGGACAGUGAGCAUGCAGAUGAGCUUCCCUGAGACAGACAACGACGUGUAUCGNCCGCUCGAGAAGUUCCUAAAGAAGCAGACCACGGCUCUGACCCGGGCCGGGGGCUUUGUUGGCGGGGUGGCGGACAAGGCCAGCGGGGGGACGGGGGCGUCCCGCAGGAGGGCCAGCCUGUCCCGGGUCGUUCCCUUCUUCAGGGAGACGUCACCGGAGAGCGGCCAGGCUCGGGAGGUGUUCAGCCCCGACAGUGAGGACCCCCCCUCCUGGCCCUCAGCCACGGGGCCCGGUCUGGUCACCGUGCCCAACAGCGCUAACAGCUCCGGUUCUGGUUCUGGAGGAGGAGACGUCCGCAGCCCGUCUCUGUCCAGCGACGAGCAGAGCUCUGAGGCCAGCCUGAUCACAGAAACCAGCGUGGGAGGAGUAGGAGGAGUAGGAGUAGGCGUUGGAGGAGGAGGGGGGACGCCUCUUCCACCUGACACACCGGACAACCUGACCCUCGCUGUGCUGGACAGUGCGGCGGGAAAACGCACCGCAGUCUGCACAGAAACCUUGCUGGAUGACUUCAUGUUGACCCAUCCCAUCUUCCUGACGGCCGACAGGUUCCAGCAAGUCCUGCUGCAGCAAUUCAGUCUGGAUACAGAGGGGAAGGAGGUAGAAGGUGGAAGGAGGGAGGCAGAGGGUGAGAGAAAAUAUGGAGGAGGUGGAGGAGAGACGGAGGGAGAGAGUGAGGGAGUGAUGGAUGGAGCAGAGAGAAAGCAGGCGGUGCUGAACGUGGCGUUUCGAUAUCUGGACACCUACAGAGAGCUGCUGCAGGAGGAAGGAGAGCGCAGCAACAGCUUCCCAAAGGAGCUGUACCUGUGUGCGGUUCAGGAGUUGAGUCGGUAUCCUGAGCUGGUGGAGGAUGUCCUUAAACUGCAAAGAUGGACUGAGAUCUUAAACUGCCCUUCUGAUGAGGAGAAGGAAAGCAGGAAGAAGCAGGUCCGUCCUUUGUUCAGACACUUCAGACGCAUCGACGCCUGUCUGCAGCCCAGAGAGGCCUUCAGAGGCUCAGACGAGAUCUUCUGCAGGGUCUACACUCCCGAUCACUCCUAUGUCACCAUCAGGAGUCGUCUGUCCUGUCGGGUCGGAGAGAUUCUGGCUCUGGUCCGAGAGAAACUCCAGUACAGUGAAGACCAACCAGUUCUGCCUGGAAACCUCAUACUGGUGGCCGUCACAUCAGCUGGAGAGAAGGCAGUGUUUCGUCCCAGUGAUGAGGCCGUCUUCACCACACUGGGAGUCAACACUCACCUGUUUGCUUGUGAACCCUCUGAGCUUGAGUCACUGCUUCCUCUGCCUGAGGAGAUCCACUGGACACCCGGUGACAGCAAACUCCAUGACAUGUCAGCUGAGGAGGUAGCCAAUCAGCUCGUAGUGUUUGACUGGGAGCUCUUCAGCUGUGUGCACGAGGUGGAGUUUGUGUGCUAUGUGUUUCAUGGGGAGCAGUCCCGCUGGCGCCCCCUUAACCUGGAGCUCGUACUGCAGCGCUGCAGCGAGGUGCAGCACUGGGUCGCCACGGAGAUCCUGCAGUGUCAGUCACUGCCAAAGAGGAUCCAGCUGCUCCGCAAGUUCAUCAAGAUCGCAGCACUCUGUAAGCAGCAGCAAGACCUGCUGUCGUUCCUGGCUGUGGUUCUUGGUUUAGACAACCCAGCUGUCAGCAGACUACGACUCACCUGGGAGGGUCUUCCGGGGAAGUUCAGGAAGCAGUUUCAGCAGUUUGAGAGCAUUGCGGACCCCUCCAGGAACCAUAAGUCCUACAGAGACCUGAUCACCAGCCUGAGACCUCCGCUGAUCCCCUUCACACCUCUGCUGCUUAAAGACUUGACAUUUCUUCAUGAGAGCUGUAAGACGUUUCAUGGUGAACUCGUCAACUUCGAGAAGAUGCAUAAAGUGGCAGAGAUGGUGAGGAUCAUCAGACGAUACAGGAGCAGCCAGCUAGCCAUGGAUACAGAGACAUCCCCCUCCCACCUGCAAACGAAGGCCUACGUCCGGCAGUUACAGGUGAUUGACAACCAGAACCUGCUGUUUGACAUGUCGUGCAAACUGGAGCCCAAAGACACAUAGAGGGACUGACAGGAUGGUAAAGAAAAAAAUAAGAAAGCAUGGAAAAUGAAGAGGAAGAGAUGGGAUGGAGAGAAGGCGAAGAAGAGGAGAAGGAUUUUGUGUCCAGAAACAAGAAAGCAAAGAAACAAAUGGAUGGAGGAAGGUUCAGGUAGAAAGAGAUGGAAAUAAGCGAAGGAAGGCGUUUUACCCUGAAACUAAACCUACAACCUCCUCAUCAUCGUCUUUACCUGAAAUAAAAAAAUAACUUGAGAUGUUCUUGAUCAGCAGAAAGAAUGAGCUUCCUCUCUUUCAUCCACAAGUUUAAUUAUCUUCUACACCUUCACCUCCUCUUCCUCCCUUAUCCUUCCUCUCCAUCAGCAGCUGUCAAGUCCAAACACUGCCAGCAGCCCUGACAACCACAACCACAGAGAGAUAUGUGGAGGGAGUUCAUCAAACUGGACCAAAACCUCAAAACACCUGGUGUGACCUGGUGGUCAGUCUGAUCAAAGUUGCCCAGAUUAAACAAAACCUCAAAGUCACGUCAGAUCCCAAGUGCAUAGCGCUCUGCAUCUGUACAUCAGCUAAAAGAUUCAAGAUAACUGAAAAUUCAACAGGCUCAAUUCAGUCUGCAGCAGGUUUGAGAGGCAACACUACUUUGACCCAGCCGCAGUGAAGAAGAAGAAGAAGAAGAAGAAGAAGAAGAGACGAAUCAUGGACUCUUUCUAUUUUCUCACUUUCUGCACUUUCCCACCCUAGUUUCCCUCCUGUUGUGGUGGCUUACCAAUCAGACUAAAGACAAUCUGACCACCUGACUGACACCGGCUGAAACCUCCAACAAACAGCCUCAAACCUGCUGUUCAACCACAAUUUCAUGGGAAACAAGAACUAUACCAUAUUGGCCGAAAUAUAAGACAGCACAGGACAAACUACACAACUGCGGGAUUUACGAUCUGCUUUAAUGCUUUCAUCUUGUGUUUCUCUUUUAUGAAAUAAAAGGCUCCAAGGAAAGGACUCAUCGGACCAACGGUAUCUUUUGGAAACUUUUCCAAAAGUGUUUUGUAUCUUCAAAAAUUAUUAUUAUUUUUUUUCAAUACUCAUCAGGAUCGUCUUAUAUGUGGGUCAAUACGGUAUUUUUGCGGGGAUGCACAUAAACAUCUCUAUGGAUCAACUCAGAAACGGCUGUCAAGGAUAGCUUUUGACUGCAGACACCCAAAUAUCAACAGGACACUGCACUUCAAACAGCUGACUGGUUAUUCCAACUUCCUGUUGGGAGGCAGGCUUGAAACAACAAAACUGGAACUGGACUUAUUAAAGCUACUCUCAAAAUUUGUAGAACAACAAACAAAAACCAACAUGUUAUUGUCUCUGAACAACAUGUAGACGGACAAAAUGUUUAAGCUUUCAAACACAGCGGAGGAUGUAAAAAUGCCAGCAGACGAGCAAUUUUUUUAACCGACAAAUGUGGAUUCACAUUAUGCAGCCUUGGUUUCGUUCUCCAGGAUCUUUUCUCUGAGGACAUGCAGACGCAAGAUAUUAAACUCUGCAGGAACAAACAGAAAUGACAUAAAUCAAGUUCCUCUAAACCUUUGCAGAGAGAGACCAGUUUGAUUACCAGUGGAAAUGGUCAAAUUUAGCUGCUACGACUUUUCAAAUGUUGCUGUCCGAGUUUACACGAGAGGCUUCUGCACUCAGAAAUCUGUCAUCUGUAUUUCAGGACUGAAUAUAUUUUUCCAUCAAAAAAAAUUAACUCUCUAACAUCGAAUAAUGGACACAACGGACCACUCUGUAAAUCUGUAACUGAACUCACAGUUACAGUGGAUUGUGUCCAUGGUUUACAUCAGCGGUAAGGGCUGUUGGGCUGACCUCUGAUCUGUGGUUCGUAUCAGCUGCCAUAUUCCACACAGAGCUAUCAGGGACUGGUUUUGUUCAUCUGAACUUAGAUUCCUCCUUGAUUAAACCUUAACGGUGACAAUAUCACUGACACCCGUCACAGACUUGCAAGCACUUUGGCAUAUUGGUCACGGUGCAUUCAUGGACCCCGAUCACAUGGUAGGACUUGUUAGUGGCGGACUGUCAGGAUGUUUCAUUGCUGUUUUUUACCGAACGUAAUCUCAGCUGCAGUCCGAAGAUGUUGGUCAACUCUUCAGUCUUUCUACUUUUUGUUUCAGGACAUUGAUGGCAAACAUCGUUAAAUGUCUCUCACAGUGUUUUAUGAUUCAACAGGACAGUUGGAAAAUUCACACUACACUCACUUUAAAGGACCAUGCCCCUGUAUUUUGUAUGCUUUAACCAGUUUGCUUCAAAUCACAUAGACGCUCCAUCGCUGCCAAACCACAACACAGUAGUUUAUUUUUUUCAUUUUGGUAUAGAAAGCAAUAGAUGUCAGUUAAUUUCUACAAAAAUCAACACGCAGGCUGGUCUGAUACUAUUCUAUCAGAGCUAUAUGAUUAUCACAACAUAUAUCAGUCAGUAAGUUACAGGAAAAGUCAGUAAAAAUGUCCGAAGUUAACUAGAGACAGUGUCUUCACUACAGACUUUGUCCACUAGAGAGCACUGAGGAGUUAUAAUAACAUAAUCACAUUCCCAGAGAAACCAAGCUUAAGGUACCCUGUGAAGUUUUGUCUUUGUUGCCGCAUUUAUUUGUAUUACUACCAUCGAUCAGCACAAUAACAUGAAACUGGUGUCAGGAAUCUCUUGUGCGCUCAGACCCACUUAUAAAACAUUGAUCCAUAACACUAUUAAAAACUCAACAAGGUACCUCUAACAACCAAAUUCAAGGGGGGGGUUUAUAUUAAAAAAAAGAUGUAUCAGCCAUUGGAUGGCACUUCCUGUCAUUAAUUGACGAUAACUGUUCGUUCCAAUACCCAUACUAUCAUACUAUUUAGUAUGCUGGAAAAAGGUUUAGUAUGACCCAACACAUACUGUAGUAUGUCAAAUGCAGUAUGCCAAAAAUACCAUGACAUCCCACUACAUUUGGUCAUUGCAAGCCAGCAUGCUUUUCUGGCUAUUUUGACCCACAAUCCUCUCCACAGCAGAAGAUGCGUCACAUCGGCUGAGCUGCAAACAGAUAAGAGCUUGACAGCUCGUUGACGGCUAUCAGAAGCUGCAGUGAAGGAUGACAGUGCAAUCAAGUGACUGAUGACCAGUAUAAUAGUAAUAAUAGGAAUAUUUAUUGUUUAAAUGAGCAAAACAAUCAUAGAUUAUCAAAAACAAAAGGGACAUAACUAUAAUUACAACAAUGACAGAAAAAUGCACACUGUUGUGGAUAUAAUGGGCUGUGCUAGAGUUUGCAUUGUAUGCAGUUAUGACUUAAAAGUUAAAACCACAUACAUUUCAAAGUAAGAUCAACAAAGCUCCUAGGUUGACUUUUGUCUCUGGCAUGCUCCACAAAUGGCGUUUUGUUUUAUCUCCAAGGAUAUAUGAGCAAGAAGUUCAGGGCACAAUGUUAUGAGAAAGUAGUAUGUCCUGAUUGUGUGCACACUGCGUGCAACAGUAUGUACUUUGUAAAGGUAGCUGCAGGACCUACUAAAAAUAAAAAGAAUCAGUAUGUGAUGCAGAACACAUACUGAUACUUUCUUGUCCUCUUUUCGUUAUCGGCAGAUUUUAUUCAGGACACCUGUGGCUGUAUUAAAUGAUUGACUCUGAAGGCUAUGUGAGAUUUUGAAAUGUUUUGAAAUUAACUACAAAAACUGGUUGUUAGAAAGAUGUAAGAACAUUUUCUAAAAUCUAACACAGUCUGUGUUUUAAAAUGGUUAGUAGGUAGUGAGAGUUGGAGUAAACGGGCUAAAUCAUGCUAAAAAACAGAGGUAUGGUCUGAAAGUCACACACUGAUUGAAAUAAUAAACAUAUGGCAGCCAGUCGGCUGUUUCUACGGGACGACAUCACACCAGAGAGAAGAACACUAACAUAAGAAAGAGUCGACAGGAAAAAAUUUUUUCUCAGCGUUUGGGAUCUAACUGCUGUCACAUCUGAACGACCAAUCGGCUUUAAGGAAGGACCUGAUCACCCCCACAGAGCUGCCCUACCAUUGGCUGUUCAAUGGAUUGGGGGGGUCGACAUCUGAGGCAAUAACAGAGCGACAGGAAGUGACAGUAGUUGGUCAAUUUAUCGCAGCAACGAAGCACUUUUGCCAAACCUCAGGGCUCAGAGACACAGAGAGGUUUUGUUUACUCUUUAUUCUAGAUUUUCAGUAGAGUUCAGUUCAGUUGAGUCCAGUUGUGUUGCGAUCAAUUGGUUCUGUGUUUGUACAGCUGAUCACACUUAAGUCAUAUUUACUAUAAUAAUAGAAAUCUACAGAGUUGUUGUUUUUCUGCUGUGAUCACCACCAGGUCUGAGUCCAGCCUGAACACUGAAACAGUGCUUUAAUUUAGACUGGUAAAGAUUGAGUUUUGGUUUGUUUUAGGGUGGUUUUUUUGUUGUUUGUUUGUUUUUUGCAGUGCACUGAAGAGUUUCACUCUGAGAUGUCGUACUUAUUGUAUUAUUUUUUAUUUAUUUUUUUUUUUAAAAGGGAUUGCAUCAUUUCUGAAGUAUUACUAAUCUGUCAUUUGCCUCACAGUUAAAGCCUUCCAGCUGCUCAGGAACAAACCCUGAGAUUUAGAGAAUAGACAUGAUUUUUUGAGGAAAAAAUGUUGGCAUGUUAUGAAAAUACAAAGAUAAAAGAAAAGAGUUAUAAUGUGAGAAAAUGGGUAAUUUCACAAGUAACUCUUGGGGAUAAAGUCGUACAUUUAUGAGAGACAGAAGUUGUAAUAAGAUCAGAAGAAGUAAAAAUUCAUAAUAUGUAGGGGUGGGAUUACGAUAUUAUCAUGAUACUUAAAUCACAAUACAAUAUUAUUGCAAUUUUAGAUAUGUUGCGAUAUGCUGAGUAUUGCGAUAUAUUGCGAUUUAUUACCUUUUUUUUAAACUAUAAAAUACGUCCCUAAAGGAAAACUUUGAAAACUUUAUCUUUUAGAUUAAACAGAUGUUGACAGUCUGGUCACCUCACUUCAGUCUUUUUUUUUAGCAGCACCAAAAUGUAUCUAGUGGACUUAAAAAGCAAUUGAUUAUAUUAUUCUAGUAGGCUAACUAAAGUUUAAUUUGUAUUUGUAAUGUUAAUAAUUUAUUUAUUAAAAAGUAUUUGCCAAGUAUUGCCACACAAGAAUGUCAUGAUACUAUGCUGUAUGGAUUUUUUCCCCCACCUCUAAUGAUAUGUUGAGACAAAGUUACAAUUUGAUGUCAAAAAAGUUGUAGUUUAUUUUAAAGUUGAAUUAUAGAGACAUUUUAUUAUAAUACUUGCUGGAAGUCUUUUACUUGUGACAUAAAUUAUGCUUUAUUCAAAAGAAUACGUGAAUUCCCCCUCAGUUAUAUCCAACUUGUUAGGAAGGUCUUUUUCAGUAAGACAUUCAGACGAUAUCUUUGUGGUUGGGAUGAAACUCUUCAGUGCGUAAAGACGGUUUACAUGUUUGUAUUAAUUAUCUGAAAAGAUGUAAAUGGUUUGAAAAAUGUUCUCUGUGCUCAGCUCUGGUGGCCGGUGAGACUUUGUCAUUCUCCAUCUGUACCAUAACAUCCUGUUUGCAAAAGCUCAGUGAGGCUGAUCCUGUCCAGAGACAAGUCCACCUCCUGUCCACGUGAGAACAAGACCUAGUAACUUCUCUGUGAAGUCCAGGUUUUAGACCCAACAACUUAUAGUCUAUUUUAUUUAUUGUUCUCUUACAGCCUGGCUUUCUUUUAGUACUUUUGGGCAGCUGCGGUCACAGUGACUUAAGUUGGAAAAACAAGAUUUUUUGUUUGAAAAGUAACUUGACACUAAGCUGAAAAUCAGUGUUUUACUGAGCUCCUCUGGUUAAAGUAUGUUUUACGUAACCACACCCACCAGUGACGUAACAUUGCACUUAUCACACUGUCGGUACAGUUCUGCAUCACUGCAGCAAGGUGAGAUGUCAACCAAGACUUUCAUCUGGGAUAUCUGCUGUAAAGGGGCAGUGUGACAUGUUUUUAUUUUCACCUUUUGUAAGAAUUUCUGUUGUGUUUUAUGGUAGAGGAUCUCUGAUCUGGGUUGGACUCAGGACAGGAGCUUAUCAGAAGUGUCAAAUUUUCCUCAUUGCUGUUUUACAGCAUUUCAAGUUCUAACAUGGUGUGUGAACUAAGGUGGCUUGAUUCUGGACAGGAGAAAACCUGCGAAACUCCAGUUUGACACGACCUUCUAUAUCUUAUAUGGAGUCUUAAAAUAUAUUUUGUCCUCAAAACAAAAUAAUUUUCAGAUUUCCCAAGAACACGAGUUGAAGUUUGACCGACUAAGUAAUCGAGUUUGAGUUUGAAUGCCCAAGAAAAAGAGUUCGAGUUUGAACCACUAAGAACAAGACUUCAAACUCAGAACAACACAAGAUUGAACUCGGGGUCAAACUCUCAAAACACAAGUUAAAACUUUCAAGAACAAAAGUUCAAACUCCAAAGACCACUAGUUCAAACUACCAAGAACACAAGUGGGAAUGCCCAGGAACAGUAGUUUGAACUCUCAAGAACACAAGUAAAAACUCCCGAGAACAUUAGUUUGAACUCCCAAGAACACUAGGUAAAACUUCUAGAGACACUAGUUCAGACUUCCAAAACAAAAGUAAAAACCCCUAAGAAAACUAGUUAAAACUCUCAAGAACACAAGUUAAAACUCCCAAGAACAUCAGUUUGACCUCCAAAGAACACUAGUUAAAACUUUUAAAAACACUAGUAUGAACUCCCAAAACACAUCUUUAAACUACUAAAACUCAGGAACACUAGUUUAAAUUCCCAAGAACAAUAGGUGAAGUUGGAUUGCCCAUGGACAUUAGUUAAAUCUCCCAAGAGCAUGAAUGUGUUCAGUUUCUAAAGAACACAAGUUCAAGUAACAACUCCUCUUAAGGCCAAAACACACCGGCGCCGUACGAUGCGCGUCAAAACAGCCGCCCCCAUUAUUUUCUAUUUCCAAACCCACACCGGCGGCUGUUUUGACGCGCGUCGAUGUGCCGCACCGCGGCACUUUAUGCUAUUGUCCUAUUUUUCCAGCGUCGCCGCCCUUGAAAAAGCGCUAUUUUGUAUGUCCCAGCUCCCGCGGACUGGAGUGUGCAAUGGAAAUCCGGUUGACGCCCCGCAGCGCGACGCUUUUUGGGUGUGUUGGGGGCGGCACUUGACUCGCGUCAAUGACGCCGCCGUCAUAUGACGCCGCCGUCAUAUGACGCCGCGGGUGUGUUUUGGCCUUUAGCAUGAGUAAGAGUUUGAACUUCCAAGACCACGACUUCUUUGAAGAAUGUGAAUUAUGUAGCUUCAGAUUUUAUCCCUCAGUUUGAAAUUACAGUGAGUUUUCGGGACUCUGUAUUUGCUGUUAAAGGUUUCGUCGAGGUGGGGACGUUUGCAGUGGUUUGGUUGGGUACAAAGUAUGAAACCCAGCGAAGGUGACAUCAUCACUAGUCUGCCGGUGGCUCUCUCAGGACUACUUCCUGGGUGUUGGGCGAUUCAUUAUAGAUCCCACCGAAGUUCUGGGCAGAAACAGAAGUCCUGUAUCCUAACUAUGUCUUAUCUUAACUUAAACAAAACCAUUAAUGUUACACCUGAACUAAAUCGACCAAACCUUCAUGUUUCUUGCACCAAUCUCAGCUUCUGCCUGUAAUUCUGCUGGGAUCCAUAAUUUUGGGAGCGGACGGUCUCUUAGUUCUCGGCCAUCCGCUGUGACGCCCACAUGAAAACACUGAAAAAUUGAAAAUGUGUACAUAGUGCAACCAUGUAAAUAGGCAAAUACUAACGGAGACUCUAUUUUAUGUAUGAGCUGAGAGAGAGAGAGAGCGAGAGAGAGAGAGAGAGAGAGAGAGAGAGAGAGAGUGAUGCUAACUCAAGGAGAAAUAUUUGAUUUGAUGUUUUUUUAUUUGUAAAAGAAAGUGUACAGUGAUGAUAUAAAGAGAAAGAAAUGAUGAUGAAUUUAUGACUUUAUGAAUUGUACAGUUAAAUCUCCUCAGUUUGAUUGUUCUGUUGUUUUCUAUCUAAAGCUUGGGGUUGUUUCUGUUUGUUUUUUUUUUGUACAGAAG